ACAUUUUUUCCUUUUUUCUCAAAUAAAUAUAUUUACAAAAUAACUGAAAUGGCAGAAUAUAAAACUUUGUGCCCGAAAAUUAUCAAAAUAACCGCAUUGAUUCUGGCAUUUCUCUUGUUAGUCAAGACAUUUCUUUGUUUUCUGUUGUCAUUUGCCAUACUCGAAGAACCGCGUGAGGAUUGGCCACAAAGGCUAAAAGAUGACUGCCAUCCCAAAUGGUAUAGCUGGUUCUCGCUAAUUCUCAACGCUGUCGGUGUUGUGGUAUAUUCUUAUAUGUACUUUGGUAUACUAAAUACACACAAAUUUAAUCUCUUGGUGGGUCUGAUAGGAGUAACGGCUUAUCUUAUAGUUUCCGUACCAGCUCAUAUAGUCUUGUGGAUCAUACAUAUAAGGCCACACACGAUGAUGACCUUAAAUUGCAUGGGAACUGCGGUGUCCGUCAUUUGCAGCCCAUUAUCCUACAUUCACUAUCGAAGAAUACUCGCGCACGAGCGCAUCCAAGAAAUGGAGGAAAGCGAAUAUUCAGAAAGUAAAAUGAAAUGAUUGCUAUGUGUAAUGAUGGUUCAAAUAAAGAAAUAAA